UUUUUCUUUUAAUUAAUUCAAUUUUCUUAGAAAAUAUUUCCGUCGCGGAUCAGAAAAAAAUAAAUCCGAACCGUAUUCUUCUUUCCCCAAUUACAAUUCCAAAUCGGAAUCGGAAACUUUCGCCGGCGUCAGCUCCGUCGGAAGCUAUGUAAUCUACAAUUGCUGUUCAGAAAGCUGCCGUCUUGUUCAAUAAAUUUAUCCCAUACAUAGAUUCGGGCGUUUGUUGUAGUGUAGGUUAUUCAUAGAUAGAUUGGGGGCGUUUGUUAUAGUGUAAGUAUAAAUUGAGGUAUUAUGGAGAAAGUAGAGCGGCGAAGGCAUGAGGAUAGAAGCUCGGAUGAUGAUGGAAGAGGUGAGAGAAGGGCGAGGAAGCGAGUAGUUAAACGCGAAAGUGAUGAUGAUGGUGGUGGAGGUGAUAAUGGAAGAGUUGAUAGAAGGGAGAGAAGGAGGAUAAGUGAACAUGGAAAUGGUGGUGGUGGUGGUGAUAAUGGAAGGGAUAAUAGGAGGGAGAGGAGGGGAACAACUGAACGUGAAAGUGAUGAUGAUGGUGAUGAUGGAAGGGUGGAUAGGAGGGCGAGGAGAAAAACAACUGAACGCGGAAGUGGUGGUGAUGAUGGAAGGGGGAGGAGGAGAACUGGAGACGGAAGUGAGGAGGAGGAGGAGGAGGAGGAGGAUGGUGGUGGUGAUGAUGGAAGGGAUGAUAGGAGGCGAAAAAAUGAGCGUGGAAGUAGGGAUGAUAGAAGGGCAAGUAUGCGAGUAAUUAAACACGAGAAUGAUGAUGAUGAUGGUGGUGGUGAUAAUACAAGGGUGGAUGAUAGGAGGAGAAGGGAUGAUGAAGAUUUGAAGAAAAUAGAGCAGCAAAGGCAUGGGGAUGGAAGCUCGAAUGAUGAUGAUGAAAGGGAUGGUAGGAGGCGAAGAACUGAGCGUGGAAGUAGGGAUGAUAGUAGGGCAAGUAUGCGAGUAAUUAAACACGAGAAUGAUGAUGAUGAUGGUGGUGGUGAUAAUACAAGGGUGGAUGAUAGGAGGAGAAGGGAUGAUGAAGAUUUGAAGAAAAUAGAGCAGCAAAGGCAUGGGGAUGGAAGCUCGAAUGAUGAUGAUGAAAGGGAUGGUAGGAGGCGAAGAACUGAGCGUGGAAGUAGGGAUGAUAGUAGGGCAAGGAGGCGAGUAAUUAAACACGAGACUGAUUAUGGUGGUGAUGAUAAUUCAAGGGUUGAUAGGAGGAGGAGAAGGAAUGAUGAUGAUUUGAAGAGAGUAGAGCGGCAAAGGCAUGGGGGUGGAAGCUCAAAUGAUGAUGAAGAUGAUGAAAGGGAUGAUAGGAGGCUGUCUAAGGGAAGAAUUGAACGUGGAAGUAAGGAUGAUAGUGAUGAUGAUUUGAUGCGGAAGAGGCAAAGAGAUGAACGUGAAGAUCGUGCUGAAAGGGGCAAUAGGAGGGAAAGGCAACCAAAACAAGAAGAGGAAGAAGGUGAUGAUGAUGAAAGGGAUAAAACGAGGGAGAGGAGGAGAAAAAGUGAACGGGUAGAUGAGGAUAAUGAAAAAGAUGAUCAGAAGGAGAGAAGACGAAGAAAUGACCGUGAAGAUGAUGCUGGAAGGAAUAGAACAAGACAGAGGAGGCCAAAAGAUGAAAGUGAGGAGGAAGAUGAAAGGGCUGAUAGGAGGGAAAGGAGGCGGUUAGUUGAACGCGGAAGUGAUGAUGAUGGCGGUGAUACAACGAAUGAUAGGAGGUUGUCUAGGCGAAGAACUGAACGUACAAGUAAGGAUGAUAGUGAUGAUGAUUUGAGGCAGAAGAGGCAAAGAUAUGAAAGUGAAGGUAGUGCUGAAAAGGGUGAUAGUAGGAGGCCAAAAGAAGGACACGAAGAAGAUGAUGGUGGUGGAAGGCGUAAAACGAAGGAGAUGAGGAGAAGAAGUGAAUCGAUAGAUGAUGAUAGGAGUGGGAGAAGACGAAGAAAUGACAGUGAAGAUGAUGCUGGAAGGAAUGGCAGGAGACAGAGGAGGCUGAAAGAUGAUAGUGAAGAUGAUGAUGAUGAUAGGAAGGAAAGCAGAAAAAAGAUAAGCCAAGUUGAUGAGGACGAUGAAAGGGAUGAUAGGAGAAAGAGGAGACGAAGAAAUGAAGGUGAAGCUGGUGAGGUAAAGGAUGAUAGGAAGGAGCGGAGUCGAAGGAAUGGAGAUGAAAAGGAUGUUAGGAAAGAGCGGAGUCGAAGGAAUGUAGAUGAAAGGGAUAAUAGGAAGGAGAUGAGGCGACAUGAAGAUGAUGAUGAAAAGGUGCAUAAGAGAAGGGCUGAUAGUGAUGACAAUAAUAGAAAAGAUAUGAGGCGAAAGGUUGAGGAUGAUAAGCACGGAAAAGAGAACAAUAGGAAAGAUAAUGCUCAAGAGGAUGUGGCGCUGAAAGCCCGUGAGGCUUCCAAGAUGCCAACGCAAGAUGGUAAUUUGAAUGUCGAUACAGCGAAUUUGGGCAGGAGUGGGGGAGUGUACAUUCCACCAUUCAAAUUGGCAAGAAUGAUGAAGGAAGUUCAGGACAAGAGCAGUACUGAGUACCAGAGAAUGACUUGGGAUGCUCUGAGAAAAAGCAUUAACGGGCUGGUGAAUAAAGUUAAUGCAGCAAACCUCAAGAACAUUAUUCCGGAGUUGUUCGCAGAGAAUUUAAUUCGAGGGAGGGGUUUGUUUUGUAGAUCCUGUAUGAAAUCCCAAAUGGCUUCUCCGGGUUUUACUGAUGUGUUUGCUGCUUUGGUUGCUGUCGUUAAUACCAAGUUCCCAGAAGUUGGUGAUCUUUUGUUAAGAAGGAUCAUACUUCAGCUGCAAAGAGCUUAUAAACGUAACGAUAAGCCUCAGCUGUUAGCAGCUGUCAAAUUUAUUGCUCACCUUGUGAACCAACAAAUUGUCCACGAGCUUAUUGCUCUUGAACUGCUUACUGUUUUGUUGGAUAAACCUACUGAUGAUAGUGUUGAGGUUGCAGUUGGUUUUGUUACAGAAUGUGGUGCAAUGCUUCAGGACCUCUGUCCACGAGGAUUACAUGGAAUCUUUGAGAGAUUCCGUGGUAUACUUCAUGAAGGAGAAAUAGAUAAACGGGUUCAGUUCUUAAUUGAAAGCCUCUUUGCAUUGCGUAAAGCAAAGUUUCAGGGUUACCAAGCUGUGCGUCCAGAACUCGACCUUGUUGAGCAGGAAGAUCAGUUAACACAUGAAGUCUCUCUCUCAGAUACAAUAGAUCCAGAAAUUGCUCUAGAUAUUUUCAAGCCGGAUCCUAAUUUCUUAGAAAACGAGAGGAAGUAUGAAGAAUUAAAGAAGGCAAUACUUGGUGAAGAAUCUGAGGAAGAAAGGGAUUCUGAUGCAGAAUCAGAGGAUGAAGAUGAAGAUGAAGAUGAGGAGUCUGAAGAAGAGGAUGAAGAACAAAUGAAAAUAAAGGAUGAAACAGAGACAAACUUAAUCAACCUUCGGAGAACUAUCUACCUUACAAUUAUGUCUAGUGUUGACUUUGAAGAAGCAGGGCAUAAGCUAUUGAAAAUCAAACUAGAGCCUGGUCAGGAGAUGGAGUUGUGCAUAAUGUUAUUGGAGUGCUGCAGUCAGGAGAGGACUUAUCUUCGUUACUAUGGAUUACUGGGACAGCGAUUUUGCAUGAUCAACAAAAUUCAUCAAGAAAACUUUGAGAAAUGCUUUGUGCAGCAGUACUCCAUGAUCCACCGGCUUGAAACUAAUAAACUUCGUAACGUGGCCAAGUUUUUUGCACAUUUACUCGGCACUGAUGCUCUUCCUUGGCAUGCUUUGGCUUAUAUACGGCUGACAGAAGAGGACACAACCUCUUCUUCUCGUAUAUUUAUCAAAAUCCUAUUCCAGGAAUUGUCGGAGCACCUUGGCAUCCGCUUGUUGAAUGAGCGUCUUAACGACCCCACCAUGCAAGAUUCCUUCGAUUCUAUUUUCCCAAAGGAUAAUCCCAAGAACACAAGGUUUGCUAUCAACUUUUUCACUUCCAUCGGUCUGGGUGGAAUUACUGAAAAUCUACGAGAGUAUCUGAAGAACAUGCCAAGGCUUAUCAUGCAACAACAGAAGCCUGUUUCUGAAUCGGAUGAGUCUGGGAGUUCUGAUUCUGAAUCUUCAGGAUCUGAAUCAGAAUCAUCGUCAUCCACUUCAGACGAAAGUAAUAGUGAAAGUGAUAAUAGUCGGAGGAAGCGGAGGCGGCGAAGAUAGAGGGACCAUGUUCCUUCGAAGUACAAAUUCCCAGAUUUGUACGAUUUGGUAUUGUUUUCUAAUGCUACUCUCCCGUUUCUAGAUUUAAUGAUAUUCUUCCAAGUACAAAUUCCCAGAUUUGUAUGAUUUCAGAAAAACGUUGUUAUAGAAUCUUUAAAAAAGAAGAGCGGCACAUCAAACCGUGGCCUCAGAAACAAAACUGGAAAGUCAAGCUCCUCGUAGAAGAGCAACAUAUCAAAUCGUGGCCCCAUAAACAAUCUGGAAAGUCGAGCUCCUCGUAGAGGUGCAAGUGUUCUCUCUUGGAUUGCGAUGAAGGUGAUCUGCCUUGCUAUUGAUGAUCUCCAGAAAAGAGGGAUGUAGCAGAUGUUUAUUUGUGUCAACUAUGCAGAAAACUCUUUUUGCAUUGCCCUAUUACACAAAUUAUGGCAGCUCUUUCAUAACCUUGUUGAUCUGGACAAAGCAUGAAUUAGCGCGUGGUACGUUAUUCCACCUUGUAUUUUGUCGAUGAUUCGGAGAGAAAGGAACUCGAGAUGUUUGAAGAGGAACAGAAAACAGUGCAGACGAUUUCGUUACAUUGUAUCAUGCUAUUUUGCUUUUGGUGUAAACUGAGUUAGAAGAGGGUUAUAUUUUAUGGAUCUUUUGCUCACUUGUACAACAUCCCAGCACUAUGUUUGUGUUUUUUAUGCAUACAGUUAUUCACCA